UCAAAGCAGCCCCAACCACAAAAUGCCUCCAAGAUCGGAAGUGUUCCCAGUGUCCUCUUUAAAAAUCACACCGCCCCCAAACCGGAGUCCGGCCCAAAACGGCGCUUUAUGGCUCAAAGACAAACAAAUCACCGAUGGGGCGGAGGGCCUUUGGCGCGUCCACGACGGCUUGUACGACCUUAGUACCUUCAUCCGGAGCCACCCCGGAGGCCCGGAAUGGCUCGAAUUGACCAAAGGCACUGAUAUUACCGAAGCCUUCGAAGUUCAUCACUUGAUGUCAACGCCCGAGAAAACUUUGAAGAAAUAUUUUGUUAGAAAUGCGAAAACGAAGCGUAAUUCGCCGUUUACGUUCAAGGAUGAUGGGUUUUAUCGGACUUUAAAACGCGAAGUUGCCUCAAUUGUCAAAACUUUGCCGAAACAACCGAUCAAUAAUUCGGCUACUUUUACGGAUUUUCUGCUAGCAGGGACUUUUAUGUUUGCGGUUUUGGCUAACACCUACUGGAAUUAUUACCUUGCGAUAAUUGCCGGAGUAUUUCUCGGGUGUUUGGUUAUUGCAGCACACAAUUAUUUCCACAAGAAGGAUAAUUUCAGAAUGCUCUAUUUCAACCUUUCUUUAAUGCAAACAAGAGAAUGGCGCAUCAGUCACGUGCUCAGCCACCACUUGCACACCAACACCAUCGACGACAUGGAAAUCACCAUGAACGAGCCCCUCCUCCCCUUCCUCCCCCACGAGAAGCCCCCUUUUAUCAAAUUCGGCUACUACUACCUCUUCUUCCCCAUUUACUGGCUCACUGCUUGGCACACAAACUUCCUCAAAAGGGUCUCCUACAUCAUCAAGGGUGACACCCACCUCAUCCAAUGGUACGAUUUCGUACCAUACACCCUCCCAUUGACCAUGUACCUAAUUAGUGGUCAGUCUUUUUUCGCGACCUUAUGGAUGUGGACAGUGAUUGUCGGAAUUGGAAGUUUCCACUUCUCGGCAGUGGGUCUCAACGCCGCCCAUCACCACCCAGAUAUCUUCCACGACGGGGAUGCCCCACGGUCCGACACCGACUACGAUUGGGGUUUGAGUCAAUUAGACGCGAUUAUGGACCGAAAUGAAAUCACAGGAUCACAUUUUUUGGUCCUUACGAAUUUCGGAGACCAUGCUUUGCACCACAUGUUCCCAACUCUAGAUCAUGGGACUUUAGAGUUGUUGUAUCCAGUUUUAAAAAAAGUUUGCAAGGAAUUCAACGUCGAUUUGAGGAUGACCUCGCAACUAGAAUUGAUCAAAGGGUCCUUCAUGCAAGUUAUGAGGACUGAACCCAACCCAAACCCCCCAGAUUUACUAAACAAAUACCAAACGAUAUGCAAUCAGUAAAACAAUCAUUUAAAAAAGUAAAAAUACAAAGUGCAAUAAUUACAACUGUUAUUUAAUAAAUAUUUAAAGUGAUUUGUACCAUAAUAAAACUAAAAAAUCUUA